UUUCAGAGAAUCUAGUCUUUUUUCUAAAACUUAAUACAUGACAUAAAGCAAAGGACAACAAUACAGAUUUUAGAGAAUCUUUACAGUGUAGCUGGAGCAGAAAAUCUGGGGAGGAAUCUCAACAUAUAAUUGUUAUAAAUGUUCUUAAAUUACCAUAGCAUAAGCACUGCCUGAGAGUUUUACCAGAGCUUCCCUGUGAAUUUUCUACCUUUGAUUUCUCAGAAAUUCUUGCCAACAAGGGACACCAAUGGCUUCUAAGCUUGCCAAAGAAGAAGAAGGCAGCUCCAAAACUAAAAAAAGGGUCGACGAUUGGAAAUUUCCUAAGAUCCCCGUCAAUCAAGUCUACAAGAAAAAAAUGUUUAGGAUUUUCACAAGCUAUGCUGUUAGAGAAGUUGAAAAUACAGUCACACUGAGAGAGCAUGAGCAGAAUGUAACAAUUCACUUACUUUCUGAGCGAUUCCUAAAAGGGUUCAUCAAGAAGAAGCAUAGGUAUAUGCACUUAGGUCUUGUCCAAAUUGCUAUCAAGCCAUUACAGAGAGAUGGCUUAAAAGCUCCAAUAGUAAUAUGCCUAAGAGAUUCUAGGCAACGUGAGUUCCAUAAUUCCUUGUUAAGUCUUGUGGAAACAGAUCUAUCUCAGGGUCCUUUCUAUUUUAACUGCUUCCCUAGUUUUUCCUUUUCUUUGACAGACACUUACUUUUCCAAUGUCCUUAUCCUAAAAGUGGCGACUGGAAGGAUCCCUUUGGCAUUGACAUACAGGUGGGUGUGUAAGGUGAUGCCGGAUUUGUGCUCAGGGGCACUGAAGGAGCCAGUUUUGGGUGAGACCGGUUAUUUUCAUCCGACUACCGGGACACAAGGCACUAGUAAAUGGGAUGAGGUGCAAGUCCCGGAAUGUUGGACUCGUAAAGCAUAGCCAGUUUGCCGGUCCUUGCACACUUAAGAUGAUUUUGAUUUGGUUCAAAUAGCUAGUGUUUGUUGUCUAUUACAGCAUCUUUGUUGAUUAGUUAAGAAUGAUUUAACCAAACUAUGUACUGUAAGUUUGUAACUCUGUUAGUGUAAGGCAAGAUGUAUGUUCUUUAAUCAUUAUGGUUUAUGCAUCCUCAAUGAAGAUGUAGUUUGGUAGCACCAUCCCCCUUUAAUGUGUACUAUAAGGAUUGUAAAGGAUGCAUUUUAAUGUUGUUGAGCAUGUGUCACUAAGAAUUUGUGUCAAAUUGAUUAUAUGUUCAGUACAAGAAAA